CGAUAAAGUUGCUUGGGAGGGAAACAUGACAAUUGAUAACUUCACUCGCUCGGAAUGAUAUUGAACUGUUAAUUAAACGUCUGUUUCUUUUUUUUUUUUAAUUCGAGGACUUGUCGAAGCGAAUCAUGAAAUGAUUAGGAGCUAGGAGCUACCCAGGUGAACGAAGGUAAAUUGCAAAGCGCAAGAAUGUUUCAACCGAGCCUGGAGCUGGACGACUCCGUGCCAUCCUGGUGGGAAGCGGAAUGCGUGCGAUACGGGUUGAGUCACGCGCCCGUAAGACAUCGGUUAACGGCAAUAAUGGGGAGGAGCCAUGUGGUACGAUUGACGGAUCGUAGCUACAUGAUGCGGCUCACGUCCAGACUGCAGGAGGAUCGCGAGGCGCGGCAAAGAACCCGCAUCGAAGCGCGAAAAUUGCGGCGUACCGCGAUCGUACCGGAAUUGCGCGGAUCAUUGCCCGGAAAGGUGACGAGUCGACGAGCUCGCAGAUGCGUGACAAAACCUCACGCGGACGCGGCGAAGAAGUGCAAGCAAUUACCGCAACUUUUGUUGACGGACUAGUCGGAAUCUCCCUUCGAAAUCCCAGUCCCAGCAUGAUGAUUCAUGAGUUUCAGUAAUCUGUCUUUCAGUAACAAUCGACAAUGGCACUAUACAUUUUUUAACAUAUAUUUCACAACGAAAUGCAUCAGAAUAUAAUCAUUAAAAUAAAAGAAAUUUUAUUACAUUUUCCUGUUGGUCCAUCUUUUUUAGUCUGUGCUCAUUGCCAGUCGGAUCGACUAUAAAAGUUGUUUUUCUUUGUACGGAAAGUAAAGUAAAGUUAAGUAAGAGCACUGCUAAUCAUAAGUUUGAAAGUUAUCGAGCUUACGCUUCAGUUAGUAGUUACUUUUUGGAUCGUAGUCGCUUCGUGUACAUAUUUUUUUCAGUUAAUAUUGUUUUUUUAACCAUUUGUCAGGGAUCAUUUCUCUUGGGGAAAAAUCUAUAUACAACAUAUAUACAUACUUUUUAAAUCCGAUUUACAAACUAAAUGUUAUUUUGUAUGCUUUUUUGAUUAAUCAGCCAUUCAUUAUCCAGCUUAAAGUCCAGUCCCAUAGAGGCUGAUUAAUCAAGAGUUAUAUAAUACUCAAUCAAAGACAGUAAUUAAUUAAUAAGUAAAUUAUAUCAUAAAUUGUAAAUUACAGAGUACAUUGAGAAGUAUUAAAAAAUAUUAAGAAUAGGUUUAAGAAUUAGACAUCCAGCUAAUAUCUUAGUUACGAAUCUCUGUUACAGAUAUGUAUCAAAAUACGAGAACAGUUUUGAUAACAUCUGUGUGUCAAUUACGCUUAAUAAAUAACACGAUUUGCCAC